AUGGGCAUGAUGGCGGGCAUCCUCCCCGCUGCCCUCAAGAUCCAAGAGCACAAGGACAUGCAGAAGGUCGCCGAGAGGUACUACGAAAAGUACAUCAAGGACUUCAACCGGAAGUAUGGGUUCAGUCCAGAACAGAUCAACGCAUUGGUCGAGGAGUUUAAUGAUGUCACCAACGAGAUCAAGAGACUAAUCCCUGAUGACAAGAUGAGAGAGAUGUACGCAAAGUACAUCGAAUCGUACCCCACCAUGUACCUGAGCAUGAUUCCCGCCGAGGCUCUCCAGACGAAACUCGCGGUGAAGUGUGUAUCGGACAACAAAGCUCUCCGUGAAAAGAUCGAGAGCAUGUCAUCGGCCGUGUCGUCUCUUGUAAGGAACCUGACCGAUCUACAGAUCUCGGCCGGAAUCCCUCCGAUUGUCAACCUCAUGUUCGAGAGCAUGCCGGACCCGCUGACGGCGAUGACGGACCCCAUGUACCAGAAGUACAACGACGCUAUCGUGACGUACCACAAGCUUCUCCAGGACGAACAACCCCAUACCAACGGGUUCGCUCGUGUAGAUACCAACGCUGCAAUCCCAGCCGGCUGGAGCAACACGGAAUUCCUCCGACAGGAACCCGUCAACUAUCUCGAGAAGUUGGCAGACCACAUUAGCACGACGGGAACUGCUCCGGGUUCUUAUGCUAUUUUGGAUAAUGCGCGUUCUCCUGUCAUGAAGUCUGACGGGAUUACACCUUUGGAGGUUUCUCCUGAGGAAGUCAAGGACCUCGCGACAGUUCUGAAAAACAUGCAGACUCAGUCGGGAUGCCAGCCCUUCGGCGAAGAAUGGAACCACACCGGUCCCACGCCGCCGAUGAACCCCGCCAUGUGUCUCGGCAACGAACACAAAUUCCAGCCCGGUAACCCCCGCCACAACGUCGGGCGCACCAACCUGUACAUGGCCAAGCGCGACCCUAACGGGAACGCGCAGUGGGUGCAGACCGGGCAGGUCCCGGCUCUGUCGAACGGAGGAGGCCCGCAGAUGGUUCAACACCAGCCGCAACCCAUGCAACAGCCUGACCCGUGGGCAGGUCAGAACCACAUGCCCGGUGUUGACCCGAGACCGCUUCAACAGCCCGGCUACCAGAUGCCGAUGCCUCCGGUGCAAGCAGGGCAGUUCAACCAACCAUUCACUGGAUCGGGACCAAAGCCCCGCAAACCCACGACUCGUAAAUCCUCCAAGGGCGCCAAGGGCGCCAAGGGAUCCAAGGGCUCCAAGGGCUCCAAGGGCUCCAGGAGCUCCAGUGGCGGCAGGGCUCAGUGA